CGGGAAACUGCAAAAAAGACAUUAAUCGGUGUCAAAAACUGCUUUAAUAACUAGUUCAAUAGUUCAAUAUUCGAGUGAAAAUUCUCAACGACUGCUAUUACUGCUAAAGUGGAAACGAAGACUGAAGAAGAAUUAGCAUGAAACCCAAAUUACCACCUGAUAACAACGAUCGUUCGUCUCACAAGUUUGAAGCGAAGUUGAAGGACAGGAUUCUCUUCCUACCAGUCACCAAGUAUGUCCUCCCAACAUUCCUGUUAGCUGCGUUACUCCUGACCGGUGUUUAUCUCACCAUGCGAUUCCUUACGAUAAGUGAAAAUCACUUUAAUGGAACUUGUGAAGUGCCGGCAAGCUAUCAGGUGAACUGUUUGCCAGACCGUCAGACGACGUAUGAGGAAUGUACAGAAAUUGAAUGUUGCUUCGAUGCGAUGACUAAGAAAUGCUAUCAUACGGUUCCCUCAAGAUAUGGAUACACCAAGGAUUCACUUAAUCCCAAUUUUCUUCAACCAAAACAAAAAAUCAGUCCUUUUGGUAGUGAAAAUAAACCCGUCGCUGUCUAUAUUGAAAAAAUCGCUGCAGAGCACAUCCGCAUAAAUAUGACUGCACUUCAACAACUACAAAAAAACGAACAUGAUUUGAAAGUUGAAAAUACGAAACAUUCAGAAAAUGCAUUCCAGAAUUUCUCUACAUAUUCUACGAUGACUAUUGAAGUGGAGGAUGAUUCCGAUUUGGAAUCGUUAUUUUCUGUAACACUGAGACGUGGUAGUGAGUUAGUGAUGACGACAUCAAAAGGACCACUAAUUGUCACCGAGACAUACUGGGAGUGGAAUUUGUUUCUGGGUAACUCAACUGUUUAUGGGUUAAAUUCAGCUGAACUGAAUGGGACCCUUCAUUGGAUUUAUAACAACGAAGAGGGAAUGAUUAUUCCUGGAUUCCUAGGAAUUACAAAUGAUGGCAAGGGGAUUGGUUGUUAUGUAGACUAUAAAGGACCCAUGGAAAUAGAGGUACUGCAGUCUAAUCUCAUUAUUUUGAGAGGAAUAUCAGCGCUAGAGAACUUAUCAAUCAAUAUUUUUUCUGGAGAGACUCCUCAGCAUGUAACAGAACGAUUCUUGAUGUUCUGGAGAAAUGAUCAUACAGCCACUAGUACCUCAACAAAUCUUGGACUACACAUCUGUCCAGAAAAGUUGACAGCUAUCGAAGAUGUGAAUGAUAUGAUCGAACAGAUGGAAAAUCGAGGCAUCACCUGGGACAGUUACUGUAUUCACAGAAAAUUUUAUGAUACUCUGGACAGAGUUCUUGAUCAAGACGAACUGGCGCUUCUGGCUAAUAUUCAACGAGUUCUCACUCUGAAGAGAAGAACCAUUUUACAUCAUGUCUCAAAUCUCUGCUCGUAUGGACGAAACAGUUUGGCUUCAGAACUUGGACAUUUGUCUCUAUUAUUAGAGAGUGUACAUGGGCCUUAUGUAGGAGUCUAUGAAAAGGAAAGGGUUGUCUAUCCUAACUGGUUCGAUAAACUGACGCAUCAGAAGUAUGAUACGGAAAUCGAAAGAUAUUUUCAGGCUUCUUCUACAUCGAAGUUCCUCUACUUGCGUGAUCUCUGGGCUAAGGACGAUUCAAAUGUCAGCAUGGAUUUUCCGAAGUUGGAUUACAUUCCAAAGGGAUUAUACAAACUGAUGUCAAAGGGGUCGAUUCCCAUCGACUUAUUUUCAUCGACCGACAGAUUCCACUACAAAGUUCAUAAUUAUUUCGCCAGAGAGUUCCAAGCUUUCAUAGGAAAACAUGCACAAUCAACCGAAGUGGAACUGUGGACUGAAAAAUCGAAUAGCGGAUGGGUUGCGUUGAGAAAAAUUCUGAACCGUGGUAUUGCUAGUGGUCUUUUAGGGAAAAUGCCAUCGGCCAUUUAUAUGUGCAGCGUCAGCUUUCCCGCUGAUGAUGAUUUAUGUCAAAGAUGGUAUGGCAUUGGCGUUGCAUUUCCCUAUCUUCUGGCUGUACCUGAAAACAUCCCAGGCGGUGGUUGGUUGAGUGACGGUACCUCGAAAUACAUCGCUAGAUUGCUGAGCCUUCGGGCAAAGCUCACGUCUUAUCAACAUAGUACUAUCACGGAAUAUUAUUCGAGGGGAGCUCCAAUCCUAGUGCCGACGUACUUCCAUUAUUCUGACGAUGUCUCCUUAAAAUACAUCGAAAAUCAAUUUAUGUGGGGUGAUAGCAUACUUGUCGGCGCAGUUACUCUUCCCAACACAUUUCAAGUACAAAUGCACAUCCCAGGAGCACUUCCUUGGAGGCAUAUUCAAGGAGGUGGCGAGGUCCAGCCGACUGGUGGAAUAAGCACUUCAAUAUCCGUUCUGGCCGGUGAAAUCAUUACCCUUUUGCGUCCAGGCCACAUCAUUCCUGUUCACGAGACUCCAGGUCUAACAUCCACGGAGACUCGUCUCAGCGUCUUCAAGUUAAUAUGCAAUUUGGCAUGCGUUGAUGGAAAUUGUCAUGCGGAAGGGAAAAUUUACUAUAGCCGAGAUGCAUUUCUUCACAUCAGUGCUAAUGAUACUUCUAUUGUGUUGAAAAGUGUUUUCGCUAAAAUUAAAGAGUGCUCCGACCAAACUAAAGUAUUAAUUAGUUUCAUGGAAAUUUUGGGGCAUGAAUCAAUUACUCACAUCAAUUUAAAUACUUCUUUCUGUGAUGUUGAUGUUAUAAUAUCCACUGGGAAUUAGGGCAGCUUCCAAUAACUCUUUUUUUUAUGAAAUUUACUACUAUAUAUUAUUAUUAAAAAUUUCCACUAGUAAUAGCUGAUUGUAUUGCUAAUUAACUGAUAGCCACUUUCAUUAGUAAUGUUAAUCAAAUAUCUAUAGGCAAUAAUAUUAUUUUUUUUAAGAUGGCAGAGUGAGUCUUUAAAGUUUGAUGAUUAUGUUGUUCAAGCUUGUUCGAUGCGGAAUCUGGUUUUGGGGAUAUUUUUAAUCGAUGGACGAGAUAAUUUUGGAUUACGGGAAGAUGCAUGAGAGGAUCAAGUAAAUCACUUGCGUGCUGUGGUCACAAAAAGAGCCAAUUUUAAUUAAUAAAAGAGUCACUAAAUACACUUAAUGAGUCACAAUAAAGAGCUGAGCAACAACGGUAUAUAAUUCAAGGAAUUAUAGAUAGUUCUGAGAAGAACUAAUAAUGAGCAGGUCUAAUUAGAGAGAAAGAAGCGAAGUUCUGCGAAAUGCGCGUAAACACUCUCACGGACGAUAUGCUAAUGAGAGAGAGUAAUAAGCCGCAAGGUGGGAGGUGUCGAUCAUCGCGAUGGUCAAUUAUACCUGUCCAUCAAGUGGCGCCUCAGGUGUCAGAGGUAAAAGGCCACUGGUCAUCUGAGGUGAGCGAUUCAAUCAGCUGAGAGGGUCAUGUGUAUUGAGUGCGUGCGCGUGUAUGUGCGUGUGAAAGAAAAUUCGGUUGAAAACCGAACAAAGCUUUAUAUACAAAGUUUCAAAUGAGAAUAUCAUUUUGAGACUGAAGAAUGGAUGAUCUAACUCUGAGUCCCAUGCUAUAAUAUGGAAAUUAUAUUUAAUUGAACAUUAAUGAGAAAAUGGCGAGUAAUAUGGCAUCGAAAAAUUAUCUUUAUCGUUCUGUUAUCCUCAUGAGAUGUUCCUUAUCAUGGUAUUUCCAGAGUUAUUAAAUAACGAUAAAAUGUGAAAACCAUAAACUAUUAACUAUAACUAUUUGUUUACGUUGAUCAGAUUAACAAUUGGCCACAAAACAGUCAUAAUUUUUGCAAAAAACGCCAGAGACCGGUCUUAACUGCCUCAUUUUCUUCAAAGAAUAGAUGAUCGCGCCCUUUCUGUCCUGGGAGUCAAGGUAUUCAACCAACCAACCAACCAGAUCAACUAAUCAAUCAACCAGGUCAACCAAUCAGCCAGA